AUGAUAGAGCCCGAGGCCGAGAUGCAGGCUAGUGCCAGUCUGUCUCCCGUCUCGCCGUCGCCCGUGCACACGGCUGAUGCGCUCAUCGUCCCUGCGCUCCAAGAUACCGUCGACACCAUCAACGCCUUGGUCGCUGACGCUGCAGGUGCCCCCGAAGGCUCUCCCGACAACAUGGCCCUCGACCCAGUCCUCGCCAAUCCCACUGGCAACCACGACGGUGGCGUAGAUGAUGACAGCCUCAACGACCCUUACUCCGACGACGCGGACCACGUCGCGGACCACGUCGCGUCCCGACAAAUCCACGCUCAGCCCGAAGCCUCAGAUAGCCCCGAUGACUACGCCAAAACAUUUGACUCGCCCAUGGAGCCAGAGGAGGAAGAUGCGCUGGACAAUGAACCGCAUGUAUCUUCAUCAGACCCCCCUCAAGAAUCCUACCAAGUUGCCAAUGCAUCCCAGCCGUUGAUGGUCAAUCACGCGCCAGAAACCCCUCCAGCCGUCGCCCAUGAUCCAAUUGCGACGUCGUCGUCCACGCUUGCUGCGCUCAUGAACCAGCAAUCUACUCCUCCUACCGCCGCCGCCGCCGCCGCCGCUGCUGCUGCUGCUCCUCCUACCGCUGCUUCUGCUGCCGCUGCUGCUGCUGCUGCUGCUGCUGCUGCUGCUGCCCAAGCUGAAUCUGUUGUCAACCCGCCUGCCCCAGCCUCUGCACAGCCUAUAGAGGAUCAAGGACAGAAGCAGGACCACCAAGCAGCAACCCAUAGCAAACCCAUAGGCGGUCCAGAGUCCAGCGUCUCGGAGUCGCGCCCGCAAGUCGCAUCAUCAUCAUCGUCGCCAUCAUCCUCAUCGUCGUCGUCCUCGUCGUCCUCGUCGCCUCUUGAUAUUCAGAAGCUCGUGGCUGACCUCACUGCCCAAACCACCGAGCCCAUGCUCGACCUUGACCCAUCCGUCAUCACGGUACAGGCUGAACCGCCCACGGGUUCUGCAUCUCUGCCGUCAUCGACUGCAUUGCCAUCUCCUUCGUCCUUGCCUCCAAGACCCCCCCAGCCUCACUCCGCCUCCCCGUCGUAUGCAUCGCAGCAUCCUCUUGUCGGAGCAGGUUCCAGCACGUCAGCGAACCCUGCGGCGGCGCAUCCUGCGCAUCCUAAUGCUGGUCAAGCAGCCUCAUACCUUGUCGGCAGUGCUCCUGGAACGUCCACAACAGAUCCGGUUGCCAGUCUUCCGCCUCCCCCUGCCGGCCUGACCGCCCCACCGUAUUCGACCCAGACGGCCGCGGCACCUGGGUACUCCAACGACCAAGGCCAUGACGGCGACUACCAACGCCAAUGGGACCAGUUCAUGGCUGACGAGAGGCAAUACAUGUCUGAAGCCAAAUGGGAUCGAUUCCCGGAGGGAUCCCGUAUCUUCAUCGGCAACCUGUCAAGUGACAAAGUGUCUAAGCGCGAUGUAUUUGACCUGUUUCAUAAAUAUGGUAGGUUGGCGCAAAUAUCCCUCAAAUCCGCGUACGGCUUUGUGCAGUACCACACAGUGGAGGAGGGUCAAAGGGCCAUGGAAAACUUGCAAGGCAUUGAAAUCAGAGGCCGCCGCAUUCACCUCGAAAUAUCUCGCGCACAAGACAAGUCCAAGAAGGACCGUAACCGCAGUCCCGACAGAGGCCGUGGCCGGGACGGCGGCCGACGAAGCGACAAACACGGCCACACUGGCCGCGAUGACUACCGCCCAGGGCGAAAUCACUCGCCUCGCCGCAACGACUAUCACCAUUCUAGUAGGGACGAUGGUUUUUCGGGUCGAGAUCGAGGCUACGGCGAGUCUGGCCGAGGCAACCGGGGAAGAUCCCGAUCUCCCGGGUACGGGCGUCACGAUCGUGACAGCUAUCGGAGAAGAAGUCCCAGCCCCCAUGGACGAUCUCGUCCGGAAGCCGAGCUAGAUCUCCCCCGGCGAUACGGCUCCGACGUCCCCGACGUGCAGAUCAUCCUGCAACCUGACGUGAACCGGGACUUUGUGAACUGGGUCGACGGCGCUUUCAAAGCCAAAGGCUUGAAGACGGAGGUCAUGUUUCUGCAUCCACGCUUCCCCAAGGAUCAAGUCAUACAAAGGCAGGCGGCAGAAGGCGUGCAUGCCGUCGUAGAUUUGGACAUUCGCGCUCAGAGCUUGGGCAGGAUUCCCGCGCAGGUGUUUGAUCGGUCAAACGGCAACAGCAACGUCCGUUUCGACCAGUACGUUGACCUGGACCCGGGCACCGCUGCCGAGGUGAUACUACGAGCCAAGGCUUCCGCAGCGGCGGCAGCAGCAGCUACUGCGGUCAACUACAACCAAGGAUACGGCACCGGCGCCGCUUAUCCAAACCCGUACGGUGCGCAGCAUCAGCCUGCCGGAUACAACGGAGCCCAACGCCCCGGGGCCUAUCCUCCAGCCCAGCAGACGGCUCCGGCAUCUGCGGUUGAAAUAGCCAGUCUCAUGGGACAGGUCGACAAUGCAACGCUCCAGCGACUGCUCUCGACCAUGCAAGGCCAGGGAUCCGCUGCGUCUGGAGUGGGAGGCUUCCCCCACGGCGCGACCGGCGCCGUCCCUCCGCCCUCAAAUUCGCAGCUGGACAUACAGGCUCUCAUAGGUAGCUUGGGAGGAACGAACGCCCAGCAUCCCGCGCCGCAAGUACCCUACGGCGCUGCUUCGUACGGCGCCCAGCCGGCGCAACACGCGGGUGGUCAUUCAAGAGCACCUGCGAGCAACGGAGACGCUGCAGCCCAGGUGCAGAACAUCAUGGCCCAGCUAGCGCGCUACAGGCAAUAA